AAUGUUAAAUAGUGAUAAUACAACAUUGAAUGAGAAAACAUAUGGAGAAUGGGAAGAAUGUUUAUGCAUAACUUUUGAUGUUUUGGAAGACAAUAUCAUGAUUAUGGCAUAUAGAAAUGAAAAGCUUUUCAAAUUUAAAUCAAAGAAAACUCAUGCUAAAAUGGGUACAAGUAAAAAUCAAUUAAGUGAUUGUGAAGUAGAAACAAUACAUAAACCACCUGAGUCUGUUCAAUGUUUAAAAAGAGAUGAUGAAACAAGUAGAGCAUGUUCAAUAGAAAACAAGAAACAAACAACCUUAAUCCAAUGCUUCAGUAAAAAGAGAAAGAAUGAAGUGGUAGAUAUUAUUCAUGUACCAGAAGCAGAUUGUACUAAAGAAAAGGAUUCAGAAACAGUUUCUGAAAUAGAGAUAUGCGACAAACUUAGUCAACCAAAGAGAAAGAAACAAAUUGAUAUUGUUGAAAUAUCAUCAUCAUCACAGUCAUCCACAGAGGAGUUAAUGAGAAAAAUAUCAACCAAUUUUGAGGAGGAGUUUUUAAUGAAAGAUUCCAAUUUGCAAAUUGAUGAAACCUUAAAGAAGAAAUUACUACAUCAACAGAAAUGUGAUGAUAUCAAAUUUGAAAGUGGUUUAACUGUAUUUGUAAGGAGAAAAAGCCAAUCGUUUAUAAAUUUUCUUGAACAUUUCUGUAAAAAUAGGCCUUUUGUAGCCAUUGAUAUCCCACAAUUAAUAAGACAAGUUCCCCCCCAGAAAGAAAUUAAAUCAAAGUAUUUAAUUAUAACUGAUACAAGCUUUGAUUAUGAUAAGAAUACCUUAGCUCUUAACAUACUAAAAUUUGGUUUAGAUAACGAAUUAUACAUAAUCCAUAUUGAGGAUUUAAUGGCAAAUGAUUUGCCAAAGAUACUAAAUGAUUGGAAAUUUGAAUGCAAACAAAUUAUGAGUGAAUUUGAAUACAAGAUUGAGAAUAAGCUGUAUUACUUGACAAUUGUCAAAGAUGAAAUAUCUGGACUUGGAUUUUUCAACCCAUUAUCCAGAAAUCAAGUUUAUGAUAUUUUUACAAAACUGGUAGAGGAGGAAGAAGAAUUCAUGGGACUCUAUCCUAAAAUUAGUGGAGUGGAUCAAGAAAAACUAAAAGAAUUACUUGAUACAUAUCAUGAAAUAUUUUGUUAUAUUGUAGAAGUAUUAUUUGAUAUUAAUGAUGUAUUGUUCCAGGUUCAUGACAAUUUAUUUUAUUAA